AUGGCUGAUCAUAGCACCAGCGCCCGCACAAUGCCAAACUGUGCGGACAUGAGCUUCGCCCGCAAAAACGAUUUAGUUGCCAACACGUCCGCUUCCACCCACGGCGAACGUCCCUACAAGUCGUUCGUUCUGCGCGAAGAGAUCCGCGCGGAGCGGGGAUUUGGCCGAUCCUCACGUCGCAUCCCCACGGCGGAUACGAGCGUCCUCUCGAAUGAAGGAGACGGGCCCUGCGCCUCAGAGGCAGGGGAGGAGGAAGAUGAAGAGGAAGGUCCUAGAAUAGCAGCAGAAACAGAAGAAGAUGUAGGAGAAAAGCUUGCGGCUGAAGCACAACACAAAAAUAAGCAAAAGAAGAGAAAACAAUAUGUCUUUGACAAUAACCUGAGAUUGAAAAUCGCAAAGAAUAAUUUGGAAAUGGUAAAGGAAAGGAUAAUUAUGGCAGAAAAGGAGUACGCAGCAAAGAUGGCCAUUUUGAAGCUCCAAAAAGAGAUUGCGCAGAAUAAAUUAUUUGCUGCAGAAGCUAAUUUGACAAUGGAUCCUUUGGCAGAGUGCCUUGACAAUUUCCUCGGAGAAAGCUUAUGGUCUGUUGACGGGGAGUCGGGUGCCGAGGAUUCGGAGAGCGGAGCGAGCAACCCCGUCGGCCAAGAGAAGAGCGCUCCGAGUGAAGAGCGGAGCCACGAGUGCUCCGUGUGCCGCAAGCGCUUCAAGCAGAAGUGCCACCUGACCAGCCACGUGAAGCUGCACAGCGGCGAGCGCCCGCACCAGUGUUCGGUGUGCGAGAAGCGCUUCGCGCAGAAGGGUGUGCUGCUGAUGCACUUGCGGGUGCACAGCGGAGAGCGGCCGUACGAGUGCUCCUUCUGCCGCAAGACGUUCGCGCGCAAGUGCAACUUGGUGGACCACGAGCGCAUCCACGGCAGCGGCCGGCCGCACGAGUGCCCGGUGUGCAGCAAGAUCUUCUCGCUGCGCAGCUACCUGCGCAGCCACAUGCUGACGCACCGGCCCGAGCGGCCGCACGAGUGCUCGGCGUGCGGCGCGCGCUUCGCCCUGAAGAGCGCGCUCGCCACGCACCUGCGCACGCACAGCGGCGAGCGGCCCUUCGUGUGCGCCGUGUGCGACAAGGCCUUCGCGCAGGCCAGCACGCUCAGCGGCCACAUGGCCGUGCACAGCGGCAGGCGGCCGCACGAGUGCGCCGUGUGCAGCAAGGCGUUCGCGCGCAAGACGGUGCUGGCGGCGCACCUGCGCGUGCACAGCGGCGAGCGGCCGUACGAGUGCGCCGAGUGCCGCAAGAAGUUCUCGCAUAAGAGCAACUUUCGCAAGCACGUGCGCACGCACAACCGCCCGCGCUCGCACCACUGCCACGUCUGCCGCAAGACGUACGCGCGCAACAGUAACUUGGUCAAGCACAUGCAGACGCACGGCGCGAAGUCGACCGAUGAAUGCGCCGCCCCCGUCUGA